GCGCGAGGUGCGUCGCGGUGCGUUGACCACCGCCGGCGCGCGCGCGCGAUGUCGUUCACGACCUCAUCACACCUGAGCCGGUUGCGACCGGGCGGCGGCGGCGGCGCGCGCGACGGCGGCGGGCGGCGCGUCGCCGCGCGCGCGUCCGCGGGGGGGAAAUCUCGCGUCCUCGCGUCGUCCUCGUUCACGAAGCCGCCGGGACGAUGCGUCGACGCGAGGCGUCGCGCGCCGGUCCUCCCUCGGCUCGCGCUGAGCUCCCCGGAGUUGAUCCGCGUCUCGAGGCGCGACGGACGGAGAGCGUGCCGCGUCUCCGUCGCGGCGCGAGCGCACGCGGACCCUCACGAACACAGCCACGGAUGUUGCGGCCCGACCGGAGGCGGCUCGCGAGGCCGCCCGUCGUUCCGCGAGGCUAGCGACAAGGACGCGCGCUCGCGCUCGCACGGCGCCGACGACGCGUGCUGCGUCGCGUCGUCGAUCUCGGACGUCGACGGCUCCUUCGACGAGGCGGCGUUCAUCAGCGAGACGGGAACGUUCGACACGGACGCUUCCGCAUCCGCCGGAGGCGCCGCCGCGAUCAACCUGCGCGGGCCGGGCGGAAGCUACGACCACAACGCGAUCGAGGCUGCGCUGACGGCGGUGUACCGCUUCACGAGGAUCGGAUACGUCGCGGACGUCAUGCGCGGCAACGCGGCGCUGUGCGUCGUGUCGUGGAUCGCGCUCGUGGUCGGCGGCGUCGCGCACGCGUGCGGGCAUCUGGGCGUGGCGACGUCGACGACGUUAGCGGUUGAGACGGCGGCGACGGCGCUCGUCUACGUCCUCUCCGGGACGUCCGAAUUCGUCGACGUCACGUACGAGCUCGCGGUCGGGAACGUCAACAUCCACGUGCUGACGACGCUCGCGGUGCUCGGGACCGUGCUGCUCGGAUGCGCGCUCGAGGGUGGACUGUUGUUGGUGUUGUUCGCGACGGCGACGUUUGUCGAGACGCGACUGACGCGGCACGCGAGGGGGGAUCUGAAGGAGUUGUGGGCGACGGUGCCUGGUGAGGCGACGACGAUCGAGCUGAACGCGGACGGGAGCGGGCCGGACGUGAACAGCUCGAGGACGGUGAACGCGCGGGACGUGACGGUGGGGACGAACGUGUUCGUCAAGGCGGGGCAACAGGUCCCCCUCGACGGCGUCGUCGUCCACGGCAGCGCGCUCGUCUCCAUCCAGCACAUCACCGGAGAGGCGUUGCCCGUGACCAAACGCGUCGGCGACGAGAUCCCCGCGGGGGCGCUCAACAGCGACGGCGCGCUCGUCGUUCGAUCCAUCCGCAGCGCGGAGGACUCCACCCCCGCGCGCAUCGCGCGGCUCACCGAGGCUGCGCAGGCGCGCAGGCCCGCGGUGUCGCGGCUCCUGGACACGUUCGGCGACAGGUACAGCAAGGCGAUUCUCGGCGUGACGGCGGCGACGAUGAUCUUGGGUCCGCUGAUCUGGGGCCUGCCGCUCCUCGGACGCGCGGGGGCGAUGUACCGCGCGUUCGCGUUUCUCUCCGCGGCGGCGCCGUGCGCGCUGCUGAUGUCGCCGCUCGUGUACGUCGCCGCGGUUGGCGCGUGCGCGCGUAGAGGCGUUCUCGUGCGCGGCGGCGUCACGUUCGACGCGCUCGCGGAGUGCGGGACGGUGGCGUUGGAUAAGACGGGGACGAUCACCACCGGGGUGAUGACGUGCGCGGCGAUCGAGAGGGAGAGCGCCGAUCAGGGUAAUAACGGAUCAGGCGCGGGGGGUACUCCUCGGGCGCGAGGGGAGCUCGUGGAGGCGGUGGCCGCCGCCGCCGCGCGCGGGGGAAGCGUCCGCGAGGCGUUCGAACGGAGCGGCUUCAGGUCCUCCUCCGAGGCGUCCACGAGCGCCGCGACGGCGACGACGACGACGACGACGACGACGACGAUCGACGCGAGCCCGGGCGGGAACUUGACCGCGCUCGCGAUCGUCGCCGCGCUCGAGCGCGGCGCGACGCACCCCAUCGCGCGCGCGGUGAUGGACACGGCCUCCGCGCACGGCCCCGACGUCCCGGAAGUGAUCGUCUCGAACUUCCGCGUCGUCGCCGGGAAGGGCGUUGAAGGGUACGUCUCGCCCGGCGGCGGGGGCGGCGGGGGCGGCGGAGGGAGGCUCGCGAGAUUCGGUGCGGUGGAGUGGGCGACGGAGAUCAUCGCCGCGGAGGCUCCCGCGACGGCGGCGGCUUUACGGCGACGCGCGGGCGCCGGCGGGAACGUCGGCGGGUCCGUCACCGCGACGCUGGUCGUCUCCGAGACGCACCGGAACCCGUCGUCGGAGUUGAACGGCGGGUUGAACGGCUACGGCGCGGACGAUUUACGGUCAAACGGUACCACCUGGGACGCGUCGUCGUUGUCGUCCGUGUUUCGGUUCGCGGAUUCGCUGCACCCGAAGGCGGCGGACUCGGUGGCCAAACUCGCCGCCGGGAAGUGGCGCGACGACGGCAUGCGCCUCCUCAUGCUCACCGGCGACAACGAGCAGAGCGCGCGCGCCAUCUCGGACGCCGUCGGCCUCCCCCCAAACGCGGUGAACGCGAGCUUGACCCCGGGGGACAAGCUUCGGAUCGUGGAGGAGGCGAGAGAGGAGGCGAUUCGAGACGAGACGCGGAUGAAAAAGGGCGUCGCGAUGGUCGGCGACGGCAUCAACGACGCGCCCGCGCUCGCGGCCGCGGACGUCGGCAUCGCGGUCGCGACCACGCCGAGCGAGGCUGCCGCCGCCGCCGCGGACGUACUGCUGCUUCACGCGGACGCGGAUGGGAUCUCGCAGCUGCCGGAGCUGUUCGAGCUCGCCGCGCGCACGCGCGCGGUGCUGCGACAAAACAUCACGCUCGCGGUGGUGUCCAUCCUCGGCAGCGCGCUCCCCGCGCUCGUCGGCGCGUUCCCGCUGUGGCUCGCGGUGCUUCUGCACGAGGGUAGCACGCUGCUCGUCGCGAUCAACAGCGUGCGGUUGUUGGGAACGUUCGGGAGGCAGCCGUUACGGAAGUCGACGCUCCUAGCGACGCUCGGCGUCUUCGCCGCGUGCUGCGCGGGCGGGUACUGGUGCUACGCGCCGUCCGCGCGCCUCGCGCUGCGAUCCGCGGUGGGCGUCGCGCUCACGACUCCGCAGUUCAUCGCCGCGUCGCUGGCGCUCAAGUCCGCGUGGGCGGGGCUCCUCGCCGGGUGCCUGCACACGCUCACGGGUCCAGAUCAUCUCGCGGCGUUGGCGCCUCUGAGCGUGGGACCCAACCGCGCGAAAAACGCCGCCAUGGGCGCGCUGUGGGGGCUGGGGCACAACACCGGGCAGAUCCUGUUCGGGCUCAUCUUCGUCCUCCUGAAGGAUAAGCUCCCUUUCAACAUGGAGAUCAUCGGGCAGUGGGGUCAAGGGAUCGUCGGCGCUACGUUGAUCGCCAUCGGCGCGUUGGGGUUCUGGGAGGCGCGGGAGAUGGCGGAGGGGAGGUCGGGACACUCGCACUCGCACUCGCACUCGCACGGGCUGCCGUUCGGGCUGGGCGGCGACAUGUUCGGGGACGACCACGCGCACUCGCACUCGCACUCGCACGACGACGGCGACGUCGUCGCGAAGCUGAAGUACGCGCACUCGCACGCGAACGGCGAGGAGGCGGGGAGGGUGGACUGCCGCGACGAGGACGACGACGGGGAGGUCGGGCGCUUGCACUCGCACUCGCACUCGGACUCGGACUCGGACUCGCACUCGCACUCGCACGCCUCGUCGUCGUCGAGCGAUGGAGCGCCCCAGCGCGGCGGCGCGAACUUCCUCUCGUGGACCUACCUCACGGGCACCAUCCACGGCUUGCAACCGGACGCGUUGCUGUUGUUGCUCCCGGCGUUCGCGUUGCCGCGGCUGCAGGCUAUCGCGUUUCUCGGGACGUUUUUCGUCGGCACCAUCGUCGCGAUGGGCACGUACACCGCGUGCCUCGGCGCGGGCACGAGCGCGCUGCAGAAGCACAACCCGAAGGCGGUGAGUUUGGUGAGCUCGAUCAGCAGCUUCGUCGCGGUGGCGAUCGGAUUCGCGCUCAUCGCGAGCGCAAUCUUCGGGUUCGAGAUUUUCUGAUGUCACGAACGAUGGAUGGUCUGACUACGUCCCGUGGGUGUACUUUUAGCGUAUACUUUUACAAAUGCGAGUCGCUCUCGUCGUCG